AUGUGGUUCAAGCUUCCUUUAUACCUACUUGCACUGCCCGGCUUUGGCUUUGCAGCUGUUAUGGCUCSAGUCGCCGAGCAGACCGGAGCCAUGCAGGUUUAUGCUUACGGUACCAACAUCUCUGGACUGUCUGUCUACGCCGGACAGGACGGAUUGGCUUAUAUCUCUGAGUCAUCAGACAAUCUCAUUGCGAUUGACUGGUAUAUUGACUCUACCGGCGGGCUCCCAUGGAACGUGACUGGKAACUUCAGCACGACGGCCAAGCGAGAAUUCUAUAUCGUCACUACUAGCGGAGCAUACGAACAAGCCGGUUUUGUCGAAGCCAAUUCGAGCCUUCCAUCUGGUGCUGUGAAAACUGGGUUCAUGACGUACGGAGCAUACAUCAUGUACCUAGACAACGAUACAAUGUUGUCCGAGUUCUGGGCCCAGAAAACAAAUACUACCGGUCUUUGGGCGCUCAAGUGGAACGAAGAUGGUUCAUCUCAGGCGGAUAGUGUUCCUGUCGCGUUGAAGACCCUGGCGCCUACUCGUGCUAGUAGUGACGCUACCAGUAACGACGCUUGA